CUUCUAGUCAACGCUGCUUCUCUCGCCUGAAAAACGGAGCUGCCCUUUUUUUUUCUCUCCCCCCCUUCUUCUUCUCUUCCCUCUCUUCCUCUUCCUUCCCCGCCUCGCCACCACCAGCGCGGCCCCGGAGCGUUAAGCGAGCGCAAGCCCGACCCAAGCAGGGCGCCAGCCGGCCGGCCUAGCGCUUCAGCGGACAGCGAGGUUUUGAACAACCGUACUUCGAUACAGGUCAUCUUUCCUCCUGAAUCAGUUGCCUUACCGCUCAGGCCACUGCAGUCUUAACAUGGAAAAGACCGAGAUGAUCCAGAAAGCCAAGCUGGCUGAGCAGGCAGAGCGCUAUGAUGAUAUGGCAACCUGCAUGAAGGCAGUGACAGAGCAAGGUGCUGAAUUAUCCAAUGAGGAACGCAACCUUCUCUCCGUAGCCUAUAAGAAUGUCGUUGGGGGGCGGCGCUCUGCUUGGCGGGUGAUCUCCAGCAUUGAACAGAAAACGGAUGGCAAUGAUAAGAAAAUGCAACUGGUCAAGGAUUAUCGAGAGAAAGUAGAAUCCGAGCUUAAGUCCAUCUGUACUACCGUUUUGGAACUGCUGGACAAAUACUUAAUAGCUAAUGCAACUAAUCCAGAGAGCAAGGUCUUUUAUCUGAAGAUGAAAGGAGACUAUUUCCGUUAUCUUGCAGAAGUUGCAAGUGGAGACGACAGGAAACAAACAAUAGAAAAUUCACAGGCAGCUUAUCAAGAAGCAUUUGACAUCAGCAAGAAAGAGAUGCAACCUACACAUCCAAUUCGUUUGGGUCUAGCGCUUAACUUCUCAGUGUUUUAUUAUGAGAUCCUCAACAAUCCAGAGUUGGCCUGCACAUUGGCCAAGACAGCUUUUGAUGAAGCCAUUGCUGAACUUGAUACACUGAAUGAAGACUCAUACAAAGAUAGCACACUCAUCAUGCAGUUGCUUAGAGACAACCUCACAUUAUGGACAUCAGACAGCGCAGGAGAAGAAUGUGAUGCUGCGGAAGGUGCAGAAAAUUAAGCUGCACCUGGAGUGUCAUUCUCCUCCUCAAGAAAUCUUUUUACACGUCUCAUUCCUUAUAGCUCCACUUGGAUUUCCUAUAGCAAAGAGAACCCAUCCAUAUGUAUGGAAAUCAAUUUAUAGUCUUUUCACACUGCAGCUUUGGGAAAAAUCCAUUCCUUGAUUUGUGUUUGUCUUGGCCUUCCUGGUGUGCGGUUACUGCUGUAGAAAAGUAUUAAUACUGGCUUAAAUUUCAUAUAAACAAAUAAUUUCCAAACACUUAAGUAGCAGACUAAAGUUAUUUGGUAUUUUUUUAAAGAAUCUGAACCAGGUCCUUCAAGCAAUUGUUUUGGUAUUACAAAAAAGACACACAUGUUUGGGUAAUGCAACUAAAGAGUUUUGUGCAGUACAAUUCUUCACAUUCCCUUAUUAUUCAGGGGUUACUUGGUUUGAUUUUUACAUGCUAUUGUUAAUUCCUUUCUGUAGGAUCUGGGAAUAUUGGGCUACAUAGAAAGCAUAGUAGUGUGGCUUCCUACAUAUGUGUACAGCAGGAGCUAUUGAGUGUUUAAAUACAGGGACUCUUCUUACUCUUCAGUUGCUGCUGUCCAAUUGCUAUCCCCUCCCAAUAAAAUAUCACACUCCUGCCUUUGUAGUUCUGGUAUUCACUUGAUUAUGUCUUAGAAGCAGCAUGUUACUGCCAGAAAACAGGGAGUGCCUUUUUGGCAGACUAAAUUGCAUGUCAUUUCUUAACACUGGAAUGGGGGAAGUGGUCACAUGUCCAAGUAUAAAACUUUUCCAUGCAGAUUUGUGCACAUGUAUGAAGGUGUCAAGUUCGUCCAGUGAUUUGUUCUGUAGGUAGAUGGACCACUAUUGUGUGUUGCUAAUCAUUGAUUGUAGUCCCAAAAAAGCCUUGUGAAAAUGUUAAUGCCCUAUGUAACAAAAUAACAUUAAAUAAAAUUACAUUUUAUAAACCA